GACGAUAUGUGUGUGUGUGUGUAAAGGAGACAUACACAUAACAUAAGAGAGGCUGUAGAAGUGUUAUAAAUCUCUUUACGGGCGAUUAUUUUGUUUCGUUUCCCUUUCUGGCUUAUUAUUAUUCUCGACGGCCCUUGUGAGUCGUCGUCGUCGUCGUCGGAUAGCCUUCUUCCCGUCUCGAGCCUUUUUUCUUACUGCUCUUCUACUGCAUAACCUCUAUUCCUUUUUCCUUUUUUUAUUUUCGUUAGUCUUUAUUUUAUUUGAUUUUUUUAUGUUCAUCUGUCGUCCUUAGUAGACAAACCAAACAAAAAUUUUUAAGAGUUUUCACACACUGGCUGGCAGCUAGCGCGGGUGGAGGGCUACUAUUCGGUUUGGCGUGUCUGCCGUGUGGAUAUAAAAAUAACUCUCUCACUCAGUUACAGACCGAAAGAGUCGAAAGUGAAUCAGGAGAAGAGACUGGAACACACAGCAUCCAACCAGUUGCAGAACGUUGACUUCCCGGUCCUCCCGUAUAUAUACUCCGCGCACCCUUUUAUUGCUUUUUUUUUCCCUCCCUCUUCGUUUUUCUUUUUAACUCUCCUUCAUCCUUCGUUUUCUCGACACUUUUCGGGCGUCGCUGCCGUCGAAUCCUCCGCUCCUUCUUGUGACCAGCGCGCCUGGUGUUGCCGAUUCAGUCAGACUUGGUCCUCUGUCGAGUGCGCGCUUUCCUUCGUUUCUCUCUCCCCAAACCCUCCCUGCGUAUUCCCUCUUGCGUCACAUCAUUUUUGGCACUGCCAAGUGCAAUCGUCGGGAGAUCGAGAGAAAAUAAAAAACACCGUGAGGAUAAAACAACACAAGUUGCAGGCGAAAUUCUAUUACUACACCACUUGGCUCUCUUUUGAUUCUCCGUCUUUUGCGGAUGGAUCGGACGGCGAUCGACUGGCCGCCUGCCGGAUCAUCUUUCGAAGCGGAUGUUUUGAUUUGUGUCGCUGGCCCAUCAUCUCCUUCCAAGUGCUGCGAUUCAAAGUUACAAAGUCCGCCGUAACAUUGCCCGCUGCCGGGAGAUUUGAAACAGAUUUUUUCACUGUGAAAAAGAGCGGAAAAAAAGGCCGACUAACAAGCUCUAGCCAAAGAAACUCGUACGCAUUGUUGGCGUUCGGUUCCGUGUCCCAUUGUCAUCGAUAUUCAUUAAUCCUCCCGUUUUUCGGGAGUAAAAGAAUUGUUCUUUUUUUUUUACUGGGGGGGUCUAUUUGGUUCAGCUCUUAUUUUGUUGUUAUUCCGUUUGGAAAGAAAAAGAAAUUCGGACCCUACUCCAUAUCCUUUACGGCUUAUCAAUGACUUGUGAAAGGUUUCGUCUGAUGUUUGACUCUUUCCUUCUGUUGAAGCCGUUCGUCGACUCGGUGGCGAUGAUCGUCUCCCUGCUCCCUCCCGCCCCAGCAAUCCCGUAUUUCAAAAAGUCAGGAUCUAUCCAAGCGGAGAGCAACACAGUCUACUAGUUUUUGUCCAACUGAUACUAUUAAAAAAAAAAAAAAAGAAUUGCUUCCGGAUUUUAGUUAUUUGAAACUUUUUUUUCCCUUUCUCUUUUUUUUCAUUUUCACGCUUCAUCACACCUGUCCCUAGUCACAUGACUAACGCGACUGGCCCAUCAGUUUAAUCCAACUCCAAUUUCACGUUGAUCGCACUCUUUUUCAAACUUUCCAUUUGCCUUUUUCUUUUUUUUUGGGUUGUUGUCGGACGGGAAACUUGUUAUAAGCUAAGCUAGCUAGUCCUAGAGUUCUUGAUUCGAUUCCCUCACUUGGGUUCAGCCGGCCCCCUGCGCCCAGCCAACGGUCAACACGCCGCAUUACAACAAUUGCCCGGGCCCCAUUGUAAUCGUUUAUUCCGUCUAUAGUCCUCUCCUGGGUGCGCGUUUACUCUCUCUCUCUCUCAUUCGCUAUAGCGUUUUAUUUUUGAUGCGCUUCUUUUAUUCGCCGCUGUGGACCGAAAAAAAAAGUUUAAUCUCAAGUCAAACGAACCAAUAGAGAAAUCAUAACUAAGAGCCCCUAGCGUUGGCUACGUCGCCAAAAUAAGUCAAGACAAAAGAAGAAAAAGAAGACUCUCCUCUCGACGUCAUUAGCGUCUGGCAAGCGGAAAUCCCUUCAGACUAACCGCACUCUUGUUUUUCUGUGUUUAUUUUGAUAUUGUUCCAAAAACGUACUGUCCCUUUUGAUAUUUUUGGGGCGACCACCACCUCCUCCUUUCACCUACUCUCUCUCUCUCUCUUUCUCUCUGUCGCCUGCCUUUCAAGAAGAAAAACGUUUCUCGAUCUGUGGUCCGUGUCUUAUCUCAUUGGCCACCGUCUACCGGGAGCGUGAAAAGCCGAAAUAAGAAGAGAGUAGAAACAAGGAGACCCACUCUCUCUCUCUGUGAAGUAGCGGUCAGAAAAGACGACCGGGGCCAUUCCGAGAGAUAGUAGAUUUCGAUGUUGGAGUGCGUGGCGUGAGUCGCGCCUGCAGUUGUCGUCUCUAGAGUCGAGUUCCUUGUGGUGCGGCUCUGUGUGUGUGUGUGUGUGUGUGGACAUUGGACGAGCAAGUGGACCGGAACCCAGUGGCCCAUACAGCCCAGAGCCGAAGGAAGGAAUAAGCAAAUCCAAUCCAAUCUUCUCGCUUCCGGCUUGACGUGGCGAUUUGUCAAGAGAACCGACCCGUCGUUAUCCGCGGCCAUCCGCCUUUUGCGCCCUGGCAACACACAAAUACAAAAGAGAAGGUGUGCAAGGAUCGAAUGGGCAAACGUCUGGAGCCAAUAGGACGAGAAGCCCGCACGACGGCCCUCCGUAAUCGAGGCACGGGCCAAAAGAAAUGUCUCCACUUUUAUUGCACUUGCUAGUCAGUGCAGACGCUCAGCAGUUUCUUGCGCUUGGCCGUGGCAACAGCAACCAGCAGCCGCAGCCGCAAACCCGAAUGUCAUCACCGCACGUCGACGACCGUCGAUCCUAACCAGAGAGAAAGAAAAAAGGCAUGAAAAAUGCCAGUGAGACGCGCAAGAGUCUUUUGGGCCUAUUCGUCACCGUCGUUUAUCUGACACGGGACCGUGCGUGACUCGAUGAAGUGCCAACAGUAGUGAAACGACGUCGCUCUGGGAUAAAGGAGGAGGCCGCAAAGAAUAAACGAGGGAAGGAAGGAAGAAAAAAGAACUUGGUUCCAAAUGUGAGAAAGAGAAGAGAAAUAAACUUCAUUUUUUGCUACAGUGCGCUUUUCUGUUCUAGACCGACAGACGGGAGGAUUGAGUACCCAAAUCUCAUCAUCUGCCUCUAUAAAUAACUGCAACAUUUUCUCGUGAAUUUUUUUGGGAAAUCAAGUGCGGGAAUUAUUCUGAAAAAAGAGAAACCGACGAGUGGCGGGAAUUUUAAAAAUCCCUUUUUCCAAAAAAAUCAAACUUUUUUUUGUUUAUCCGGAGGUCUAGCCAACCUACAAAUAUUGAAAGGAAAAAAGGGCUGAAGUGAAAAUCAAAUUGAACUCUUUGGAGUAGAAAAAUGGCGGCCAACAGUUUGCGCGUCUUCUUUCAAAGUUUACUCUCGGGACCAGCUCAGUCAAUUCAUCAGAAACGUCACAUCAAUCAGACGUCGUCCUGGCUGCCCCCCAUUGACAAUUGGAAUGGAAGCAUCCAGGCCGGUGCCAGCGGAGGCACGUCGCUGCCCUACGGCUGGGAGGCGGCCACCGACCGAGAAGGCAAAGCCUACUUCAUCAACCACUUGAACAAAACGACGACCUACGAGGAUCCGCGCAAGGAUUGGGGCGAAGAGCCGCCGCAGCCGCGCGAAGUCGAACUCUCCCGCCAUCCGGAACUGGGAUUCGGUUUUGUGGCCGGCAGCGAAAAACCAGUCAUUGUUAGGUUCGUGACGGAAGGCGGCCCGAGCGUGGACAAACUGCUGCCAGGCGAUCAAAUUUGGAGAAUCAACGGGGAGGACGUCAAGAAUGCUCCGCGCGAUCACGUCAUUCAAUUGGUCCGCUCCUGUAAAGAGACGGUCCACCUCGCCGUGUGCCAGCCGCCGUUGGACAACUCGACGCGCAAAUCCGCUUUGCUCAGUGCGGCCAAGAAAGCCAAGCUGAGAAAUAAUCCAUCUCGCGUCCGCUUUGCCGAAGGCGUCGUGAUUAACGGCACCACAUUGCCGUUGAGCCAAUCGCUGAGCCGGGAAGAUCCUUGCCCGCCGCUCAUGCCCAACGUGAUGAAAGUCUACCUGGAGAACGGGCAGACGAAAUCGUUCAAGUACGACUCGGCCACCACCGUCUCCGACGUCCUCAACUCGCUACAGCAGAAACUCGGCUUCAAAUCGAUGGACAACUUUUCGCUGUGCGUCGAGCACGUCAAGAGCAUCCGCAAAAACAAGUUGACGCUGCUCGAUCCGGCCGAAUCUCUCGCCUGGAUUGCGGCCAGGCCGGGCGCUCACAAUCUCCGCUGCAUGUUGCGAAUAGCUUUCCUACCGAAAGACGCCUACGACUUGCUAAGGAAAGACACGGGAGGCUUCGAGUACCUCUUCAUGCAAUGCUGCAAUGACGUCGUUCAGGAGAGGUUCGCUCCCGAGCUCAAGUACGACAUCGCCUUGCGAAUUGCCGCCCUUCACAUGCACCAGCAUGCGCUUACCAACAAGAUGCAGGGCAAGCUCACCGUGAAGAAUAUCGAGCGCGAAUACGGGCUGGAACGGUUCGUGCCCACCUCGCUGGUCGAGGCGAUGAAGCGCAAGGAGUUGCGCAAAUUGCUCUCGCACUUUUUCAAAGUCAAUCAACAACUGACGGCGCCCGGGCAGAAGCAGUUGACCGUCCUACAGGCCAAGCUCCACUACCUCAAAAUCAUUGCCGAACUGCCCAGCUACGGCGCGAAAUGUUUUUCCACCAACUUCAAGUCGGAUUCGAAUGUUGAGACUGUGAUAUUGGUCAGCCCCAAAUUCGGCGUUAGUCAAAUAUCCGGAAUGCGGAGCAGUGCGCCUUUGACGCUGUGCAACGUUGAAGACAUCACUUCAUUGAACGUCCGACGCGAGGAUGAACUGACGCAGUACGUUGAAAUUCGCCUGAAAGAUCCCGAUAAGGAGACAUUGUUGCUAAGCCUUGAGGAACGUGACGCUGAAGAAAUCAUUCUAGUUUUGCGGGGCUAUCACAAACUAGCCACUGAUCGCGUCUUGCCCGUCCAUCGAGAAAGGAGUCGCUGGACCCAGGAUUCCGCUCCUCCGUAUCACACUCGUCACACGGUCCUCCCUUCUCCGUGGAGCUUUGUGGAUCGCACGACCGCUCCUCCCUGUGGCGCUUCCGAACCGGAAGAGAAAUUGGUCCGCUACGCUGAUCUCUCCGUUCCGCCGCCUUAUCACCCACCGCCACAAGGUUUCCAGUUGCCCAGCAACCGCUAUCCAUCGCACGGCGAGCCCGACGAGGGAGCGAUCGGUGAAAGGGAAUUUGACGAUCCAUUCGAUCCCACCUUGACCUACGACAGUCCGCGUGAUCUCCGCGGAGUGUCGCUAGCUUUGAGUCCGCAGCACGGCAGCAACAAGGUGGACAGCAACAUGAACAAGCCAUUACCCAACAACAACGUCGAGUCGUCUUCGGCGGCCGGACCGACGGCCACAUUCAAGAACCGGUUGCCCGUCUUGUCUUCGGUUUCGUCGAGGGAAAUCCCAGCCGCCCGUCGCGUUUCCACCCUGGAGACGGCGGUGCCCAGUCACAAGCUCGGCUUUGACAUGCCCAGCGUUGUGUCGAUGGAGAUCCUGGAGUCGCAGCAGCAGCAAACUGAAAUGCUGGUCCAGCAGUUGGCCGACUGCUCGGAGGCCCGCAACGACGCAGUCAUCCAACGCGUCUCGGAACUCAAACGCCUGGUGGAAGACGCCGAGCAGUACCUGACGGGCGAUCGCAGCAGUCGAGUCUCGGACGUGGAGACGUCCAGCCUCUUGUCGGACAUGUCUCAAUUGUCUAAAACCGAGUCGGACCAGUCGGGUAGCGGCGCAGGUGCUGGGUACGGUCGUCUCCGGCACAGCGACUCGCUUCUCCUUCUGACGCAGGGACAGAAACAACUUUCACUGCCGGACAAUUCGACCAUUUUGCUGGACGCUGCCGAUCACGCGUCCAGCAGCGACACAGAUUCGGUCAGCACGACCCCCAACCAGACGCCCACUCACAGUCCGUCUCAGCGACCCAAGUCGGCUGAAGGUCUGAAACAUGGCCCGUCGUCCAGACCGCCUUCGAUGCUGAAGCCCAGCGACUCGAGCUUUGGUCUCCACAGCCCGGACGUCAUUCCUAGCGUGUCCGGCCACGAAGACAAAGAUUUGGAGGGUUUACUUCGACGCCUGCAGGAUGAUCUUCCACUGGCCGAAGGAUCGCUCAUCUACCUCGAUCCGGACAUCAUUGAUUUGACCAUGAUUCCACCACCCAUCACGCCCGAAGAGGACGGACUCAAAAUGAAAUUUCCGGCCACCAUCAACGAACCGCCGACUCCUUUCGCUGAUCGAGAUUCCCUGGAGAACGAGCUGGCCGCCAUGAAAUCGACGCCGUCCGGCGCCGUCCGUGGACGUCCAACGCCAUCUGAUCUUGGUGAAUUGCAGGACUUGACGGACUUGGCCCAGUGGUCCGAUGUAGUCUCGGAUUCUUCGUGCCUAAACAGCAGCACGGAGAGGGACUUUCACGACUCGGAAGACACGUUUUCCCUGAGUGGGGUCAGCACCCGCUCCGUCAGUUCACUGGCCAGCUCAGUCCGUGCUGGCUCCACGUCCAGCUUAGCCGUCCAAACUUUGACGGAGAGUAAGAGGCGCUGGAUAGCCGACGAGAAGCGUAAACAUCUGACGGCCAACCCAGAACUGGACAAGUUUCUAUCAACAGUAGCUGUCCCUUUACCGCCCAGCAGCGGCAACAAGUCGUCAACUCAGACCGGAUCAGGCGAUUUUAGCAGUGAAGAUCUUUCGGCUUACAUCAUUCCACCUCCGCCGGCCAAUGCCAGCAACACGUCCAACAACGGGCUGGUCAUCCUGCAGAAACUCUACGCCGCCCGUGAAGGGAUUUUCCAGGUGAUGAGGGAGGAAACUCCGGUCGUCGUCAACAGCGGUCCAACACAACAACAACAACACGGCGGCAAACACUUUGACGAAAAGGACCGUGUCAUGGUUGAAAUGAAAGUUCGUUUCGAGCAGCGGGAGCCCAACCACGGGGUGUCGGCCAAAAUUGGCGAGAUGCAGCGCUUGCUGACUUCGUCCAAUAACUCUACGUCCGUCACGGAGACGGUCACCGUUGCUACAUCCAGUUCGAAUGUCGUUUCCACCAAAGGUACCACACCGGACCUUAGUCCGGCAUCCAGCCACUCUUCCGGCUAUGGAUCGCUCAAGUCGAUUGCCGACUGUUCGAAUAACCCACCUCCGGAAUUGCCCGCUCGUCAGCCAGCUGGGCAGUUUAGUCCGCGCAAGAAUGGAUUUGUUCACUUCAAAAUGCCCGCGCUUAACCCGUUGAACGGUGCUCUAAAAGCCCCCGGUUAUGGACCCUCGUUCAGAUCGGCUUUUAUCGAUGACGACGACGAGGAAGACGAGGAUAUUCCUCCACCACCACCGCCGCCAAGGAAUCCUAUCCCGAGAAUGAUCAUUGCCGCCGCUGCUGCCGCCAAUGCUCGACUUCCGGCACCUGGGAAAAUCGCGGAAACUGCAGUGGCACCACCUCCAGGUCUCCUCACUAAAUCCUCCUCUCAGGGUGAUCUCUUGGGGCGUGUUUCGUCGACGACGCUCUCUUCCGGCCGGAUGAGCGACCCUCAUCGCUUAAGGAUGGAUGAAAUGGGGACCCACGUUACUGGAGUCAAGGGCAUGUCGGCCUCGACGGAAAGCAUCUCAACAGUUCACAAGAAUGGGCAAAGUGGCUCCUCAUCGCCUUCCAAGCUGAGCAUGGCAUCCAGCAGCGACUCUAUUGGAUCCAACGCCAGUGUGGCCACGGUCAAAAACUCUCCGGGCAGCAUCGCUGCAGGUACUUCCAGUAUUGUGUCGGCAAAAGAAACAGACAACACGCCUCCAUUACCUCCACGCAAUAGCCCGACACGAGUGAUCAUGCCAAAGCUCGCCGUCACACCUCAGACUGAAUCGACAAUGAAAAGUGCGGUGGCUAAUCGAGUAGCGCGCCCAGUGGUAGAUUCAAGACCUACACCACCUGUCACUAAUACGUCACCCACUCAAAGGCCUCCAGCGCUGCCGUCCCGGCUCCGCAAGCCUGUCCCGGUGACCAGCCCGCAGAAACCAUCACCGCCGUCGAUGGCGUCGAAUAGCAACGGCCCGGUCAAUGUCCGCAGUCCGGUGACUAAAGCGGCAGCUCCUCCUCCACCACCGAUCAAGUCAACACCUCCGUCGAGUCCCAAUCACUACGCAGUGCCCAGCGUCAUGAAAACGGCCAACGAAAGUCCGUCCAAACGGUCGGAAUAUCAGACCCCCGUCGUUGCCCGUGCCCCGCGGUCCGCAGUUGCACCUCCCCCGCCAUCUAGUAGCAGCCGAAUCGGGCAGCCGGGAGCCCCGCUUAGCACUAGCAGCCCCAAGCUCGGAGGCCGGAACAACGCCAGCAUUGGCAACAACGUCAUUAGUUUAAAUAUACGAGUGGAGGGGAAAGGUGCACCUGGUCAGGACUUGCCGUCGUGGACCAACAACAGUCCCAACCACCGCAAGCCCGGAAGUGGUGUCGCCGUGCCGGAGAGAGACAACGGCUCGCUGGAUUCGGGCAGCUUCGAACAAGAUUCGUUGGACGGCAGCACGGAUUUCGAUCUUUCGACUCUCAUCUGUCAGUCGGAGCAGGCGGUCACACGAGUCAUUUCGCGACUGGCCGUUCCGCUGGCAGCUAAAGCUGAGCAACCGCAUCCGCAGGGCGACGAAGAUUUGGGUCAAAUCGAAGCGGCCCGGGAGAGAUUGAUUAACGAGUCGCGGCAAUUUGUCACGGCCUCGAAAAUGUUUGUGAAGAGCGUCACUGAUUCCCCGCAGACGAUGGCCGUCUGUCUCUCGCAAUGCGUCGUGCUCAUCGAGCGCAUGGGCGUGGCCGUCGAGGACGUGUCUCAGCGGGAGCAGAACCGCGAUUUGCCUCCGAAAGUCCGCGACGUGGCUCGAGCCUUCCUGCACACGCUCAAGGCGGCGGCGGAAGCGUCCGGACAGGGAGUCAGCGAUCCGAGCAUGGGCCGUCUGAUGGGCAAGGCUACCGCCUUGGCCGGCGUUCUCACCAUACUGAUGCGAUCCUUGCGACCGUGAACGUCGUCAUGGCCUUUUGAAUUUGCGCCGCUUAAAGAAUGCGUAAAGGUGACAAUCACGUAACUGUCUCUCACGCCUGUCAAUGCACCAUCCUAUUAUGAGUUUCACGGGCUUACCCGGUGAACUGUGUCACUCGGAUCGGCAGUAAUUUGCUGGAGUGUUGCUUGUGUGUAAAGUAAAUAGGAAAUGGUUCGUUUGUGAUGAAAUUGUUUAAUAACGAAAACCGUCAAGAUCCUUUCGGGAAAAUCACGAGCUCGAAACUCCCCAAGUGAUUUUGGAGAGGGACUGGAUUGUGUCAUGUGUAAGCCUAAUUGUUUUGUAUUGUAUUUGGAUAUUAUCAAUUUGAUUCCCUGACGCCACACGUGAGUAUAUCGUGCGGUUCUGUGUGUCGUUAUUGACUCGUUUUGUAACUCGAUUUAUGCUAGUCGCCAAACGUUAUUCGAAUGGACACCCUCCUCGAAGACGGGCAACAAGCAACAGACUUGAGAUAAGUUAUUUGUUAAGAGUAAUCCCAGCAAUUUAUUUACCCGGCGAAUCUUCAUUUGUGUUUCAAAACAAAUAUAGAAAUCAUUACUCGGCGGUCUGAUUUCUUCAAUCGCAUGUCAAAUUCGAGAAGUAAAUAUUCUUCGUUGAAACGUUGACGAAAAAUGAAUCGUUCUCUCGAGCUCUGUCAAUCACUGCGUAACUAUUUACUAUUUUCAACAUACGAAUGUUAUCCAUAUUUGUUAGUUCUGUUCACGUUUUUAUUACUUUGUCUUGCAUAAUAUAACAGGAGCAAAAACUGCUGCUUAUCACAGUGGAACUGUCAAAGUAUAUAUCAUUUAUAGGAGUUUGAAUGAUAUCACGCUAUGCCACUCUUACCUUUUUUCAUCAAACUACAUUCUGUCCUUCCUUUUCUGUAAAGAAGAGAAAAUGUAAAUAAACAAUGAAACAUA